AUGCUGGCACGACAUCUACCCUCGCUGGAAUCACACCUGCGACGGGCAGCGACAUCUUCCGUGCAGGACUCGGAGUGGCUGACCCCGGCUGCGCCUCGAGCCGUGCGCGACAAGGAACUCGCCACUCUGGCGCGGUUCAUCAAAAAGUUGCGCACUCAACAGUGCACCAAUGUCGUUGAUGGUGCUACUGCUGAUGGUACUCAUGGUCGUCAUCGAGGCUCGGAUAAUUACGCAGGACACAUGAUGAGACAAGCAUCAUCGCCAGCAGAUGACGAGGGCGACACUCCAGUCAUCAUCAAUGGGCAGAAAGUGGCCAAUAGGAACUUGGCACCCUGGAUGGUGUACCUGGAAGCCCUGAAUUCGGGCAUCUGUGGGGGGUCACUCAUCACCAACCAGGUCAUCCUCACAGCUGCUCAUUGUGUCACCUCCAAAGAUGCUACAACAGGAGUGCUGACCAAAGCCAGUUCAGUUUCUUACACCAUCGGAGGACUGACUUCCUUAUCAGGGGAUGAAAGCGCAGAAACUGGGGAAUUCACAGGCACACAAACAGCAAAUGGGAUCAAGGUGCACGAGCAAUACACGGAAUCGGAUUUGAGGUACGACUUGGCACUCGUCAAGCUGGCGACUCCCAUAGCAGCUACGACAUCUACCAUCAGCCCAAUCACACUCGCCGCCCCGGAUUUCAACGCGGAAGGACUUGGUGUCACUGUCAUCGGCUGGGGAGUCACUCAGACGGGAGAUGUUAGUGCUGAUCUACUGUCAGCCGCAACAGAUGUGCGGUCGAACGCUGUUUGCGAGUCCUACUGGAAUUGUCCAGGGCAAACUGCGAACUAUGACUCUGGCUUUCAGCUCUGCUUCUCUGGACACGGCAUCAAUGGAGUCUGUUCUGGUGACAGUGGGGGUCCAGUGGUGACCCAAUUGGGCAGUUCAGCAGUGCAACUAGCAGUGAAUUCAUUUGUGAGACCAGGAACUGCCGAUGCUGGACCUUGCCCAGUAGUGACAAACAAGAGCAAGAUGUCUGCUGCAUUCCUGCAAUUCUUCCGCGCCAUUUUUGGCACAGGAACCCGCGCUGCUUCGGAAUGCGGCAUAAACACGCCGGCAGUUGGUCCGAAAAUUGCUGCACACAGGAAUUGGAUCGACACCAAUGCUGCCAAUCUUGCUGCAUAAACAUUUUGAUUCAAAUCCUGACACUGAUUGCGAUGGUUUGCGCGAGAGAAAAAAAAAUUCAGCAGAGGCGCAUUGCGAAAUUGAAUAAAAAUCGGAAAGAAGAGAA